AUGUGUCACUCCUCCACAGUCUGCGCGCAGAGGAGAGGAGACAUGUCUGGGACCACGCUGCUGCCCCUGGUCCUGACCCUGGCUUUGUGGGCCCUAAACGGGGUCCUGGUUCACUCCGUGGAACCAGAAGAGCCCGCGCUGAGCCUCACCGACAUGUUCCGAGAGGUGGAGGAGUUAAUGGAGGACACACAACACAUCCUGGAGGAGGCCGUGGACCAGAUAGCAAUAGAAAGUGCUAAGUCCCAUCCUCAUACUACUGACAUGCCUGGUUUGGACAAGACAGCAAAGAAAUUGAAUAAUGAGACAAACCCAUGGAAUAGCCUUCAUCAUGAAUGCAUGGUGGACGAAGACUGUGGAGAGCUCAGAUACUGCCUGUAUGAGAUAGACAACUCCAAAUGCCUGCCCUGCAUACUCACUGAUAUGCCCUGCAUCAAAGACGAGGAGUGCUGCUCUGAUGAAAUGUGUGUGUGGGGCCAGUGUACUGCACAUGCCACAAGUGGAGAAGAGGGGACCAUCUGCCAGGACCAAAGAGACUGCAAACCAGAUCUGUGCUGUGCUUUUCAGAGAGAGCUGCUGUUUCCAGUGUGUAACCCCAGACCAGAGAGGGGGGAGUCCUGUCUGAACCAGCCCAACCCCCUCAUGGACAUGCUGGCCUGGGACAGAGAGGGACCCCGCGACCACUGUCCCUGUGCCCACAACAUGCAGUGUCGGCCUCAAGGGCGGGCGCGCAGAGCCGUGCGUGACGUAGGCGGCUCGUCCCCCUCUACUCCCCGCUCUCUGGCUGCACUCUGCGGGCUUCCUGCUGCUGUGUCUCUGCCUUUUUUCCCUUCUCUCGUCCACGCCACACCUCAACCCCGAGUCCUCGAGCCUGGAUACAGUGGGAAGUCUCCAUAUUUCGGGUGUGGGAAAAAUGUUCUCAUCACGGGGGCCACUGGAUUCAUGGGGAAGGUUCUUUUGGAAAAGCUUCUACGCUCAUGCCCAGACGUCCGAUUGGCUUAUGUCAUGGUCCGGUCCAAGGCAGGCCAGUCUCCUCAGGCUCGUAUUGUAGAGAUGAUCAGCAGCAAGUUGUUUGAGAAGCUGCAGAUUGAGCAGCCCGACUUUGCACAGAAGAUAGUUCCUGUGGAGAGUGACCUGACGCAGCCGGAGAUGGGUCUGAGUCAGGACGACCAGAGAACACUGGCUGAAAACAUUCACAUCGUCUUCCACUGUGCGGCCACCAUUCGCUUCAACGAGCCGCUCAAAGAUGCCAUGCAGCUGAAUGUCCUGGCCACUCAGAAAAUGCUGGCACUGGGUCGCAAAAUGAAGCAGCUGGAGAUCUUCCUGCACGUGUCGACUGCGUACGCCAACUGUGACCGAGAGCUCAUAGAGGAAGUCAUCUACCCUCCCCCCGUGGACUAUCGCAAGCUCAUCGACACGCUGGAUUGGAUGGAUGAUGAUAUGGUGGCGGUAAUGACCCCAAAGCUGAUCAGGGAUCGCCCCAACACCUACACCUUCACCAAAGCCCUGGCUGAGUACAUGGUGCAGCAGGAAGCCGGAGACGUCAACGUGGCCAUUGUCAGACCCUCUAUUGUCGGUGCCAGCUGGAAGGAGCCAUUCCCCGGUUGGAUAGAUAAUUUCAAUGGGCCCAGUGGAAUUUUUAUAGCUGCCGGGAAGGGAAUCUUGCGGACGAUGAGGGCCUCUAAUGACGCCGUGGCCGACCUGGUGCCCGUGGACGUGGUCAUCAACACCACUCUGUCUGCAGCCUGGUUCUCGGGCUCACAGCGGCAUCACAGACCCAAAAACAUACCAGUGUACAACUGCACAACUGGUGGCAUCAACCCGUUCCACUGGGGUGAAGUUGAAUACCAUGUUAUAUCCACAUUCAAGAGGAACCCCCUUGAGCAGGCUUUUCGCCGGCCCAAUGUAAAUCUCACGUCCUAUCACCUGAUCAAUCAGUACUGGAUUGCUGUGAGCCACAAGGCCCCAGCGUUCAUGUAUGAUCUGUACUUAAGGAUGAUUGGUCGAGAGCCCAGGAUGAUGAAGACCAUCAGUCGGCUGCACAAAGCCAUGAUGGUACUCGAGUACUUCACCAGCCACUCGUGGGUGUGGAACACUGACAACAUGACCACGCUGAUGAGCCACAUGAGCCCAGAGGAUAAGAAGAUGUUCAACUUUGACGUGCGGCAACUUCACUGGGCAGAGUACAUGGAAAGCUACUGCAUGGGAACCAAAAAGUACGUCCUGAAUGAGGAGCUGUCGGGGCUGCCAGCUGCACGCAAACACCUCAACAAAUUGCGAAACAUCCGCUACACCUUCAACACGGUGCUGGUCGUCUUCAUCUGGCGCAUUUUCAUCGCCCGUUCGCAAAUGGCGCGAAACAUUUGGUACUUUGUGGUCAGCAUGUGCUUCAAGUUCCUGUCCUACUUCCGGGCUUCCUCCACCAUGAGAUAA